AUGCGUGUCAUAAUCAUCGGGGCAGGUUUCGGUGGUCUCUGCCUGGCUAACGGCCUGCAGCAGGAUAAAGGUAUCGAGGUCGAGGUGUUCGAAAGGCACGCAGACCCGACGCACAAACUUGCGGGCUAUGGGCUCCACGUGGGCUCUGAUGGCAAGCGGGCACUCCAGCACUGUCUUGAUCGCGAAAGCUGGGACCGUUUUCUUGCUGCAACGACACCCGCAGGUGCGCAGUGGGCUUUCCGCAACACGCACUUGCGGCUGCUGGCUCUGCGGGACGACGCGAAAAUUUCAGGCAAACCAGAAGUGGACGUUGAGAGACGAGCGGCCCAUCGCGUCGAAUUCCGGGAUAUCCUGUUGAAAGGCCUGGCCCGUCAAAGUGAAGGAAAAGCAAUUGUGCAUUGGGGGAAAUCCUUCUCCCACUAUGAGCAUCUGGACGACGGGCGGGUUCGCGCACACUUUGCGGACUCGACGAGGGUGGAGGGCGACAUCCUCAUCGGCGCAGAUGGCAGCAAAUCCAAGGUCCGCGAACAACGGCGGCCGGACCUGAAACGAGCAGAGCUCGGCAUCGUCGUCAUAUGCGGGCGGUACCAUUUGGACAAGGUCAGCGCGGAAAACUUGCCGGCACUCAUGACGGACGGCUCGCUCAACAAUAUCGUUCCAUAUGGGAAGGGUUGGUUGUUCGUAGCCUCAUUCCCGUCUGCAGAAGGGGAGCUUGGCCCGGUCGAGAACUACACGCUCUGGGCAUACGUGGUCCCCAAGCCUGAGACUCCCACAGAUGCCAAAGCACUCUCACCUUCACAGCUGCGCGAAAUCGCCCUCGCCGGUAUUCAGAAUUGGGCUGAACCGCUCGUGACUGUGGUCAGAGAUGCAGAGCUCGCUACAAUCGCCCCGAUCGUCUUACGCUCGAUGCCCCAUCUGACUCCGUGGAAGACAGACAAUGUGUCGCUUCUCGGCGACGCGAUCCACAACAUGACGCCCAUGGCAGGAGUCGGCGCCAACAUCGCGUUUCGUGAUGCUCACGUCUUGACCGACCUACUCAUUGAUGCACACCGCGGCAACACCAGCAUCUUGGAUGCUAUUAGAACGUACGAGAAUAAGAUGAGGCACUAUGCAAAUGCAGCAGUGGCGCUCUCGCGGCAAAUUGCAGAGGGCGCGAGUUCGAGCCAAAUAUUGCGGAGAGUGAUGUUCCAUGGUGUGCUGCGGUUAGCGCAGGCAAGACCCACGGUAAUGAAAGCAACGAUCGGGAGAGGAACUUCUAGAGACUGA